CUUUGGUCACCCAAGUUCAAGUUAAUGGAUCAGGGUUAUAUGAAUAUAAAAAGUCUAGCUUGAGUCUUUACUCAGUGACACCCUUAUUCUUGUAGUCAGAGAUUCUCCUCCUCAGAAGUUUUACACUAGAUUUGCAAAAUGAUGACCAUGUCUUUGAUCUUGGGGAUUGUUGCAGCAGUGUGCUGUUGUUUAUUGCUGAUUCUUGGAAUGAGGAGAAGGCAAAAGGGCGAACCACCUUUAGAGAAUGGGUUGAUUCCAUACCUGGGCUGUGCUCUGCAAUUUGGGGCCAAUCCUCUUGAGUUCCUCAGAGAAAAUCAAAAGAAACAUGGUCAUGUUUUUACCUGCAAACUAAUGGGAAAAUAUGUCCACUUCAUCACAAAUCCCUUGUCGUACCAUAAGGUGUUGUGUCAUGGAAAAUAUUUUGAUUGGAAAAAAUUUCACUUCGCUACUUCUGCAAAGGCAUUUGGGCACAGAAGCAUUGACCCGAGCGAUGGAAAUAUCAGUGAAAACAUAAACGACACUUUCACCAAAACCCUGCAAGGCGAUGCCUUGAAUCCCCUCACGGAUGCCAUGAUGGAAAACCUCCAGCUUAUCAUGAGACCUCCAGUCUCAUCCGAGUCCAAGGCCGCUGCCUGGGUGACGGAAGGGAUGUAUUCCUUCUGCUACCGAGUGAUGUUCGAAGCGGGGUAUCUGACUCUCUUUGGCAGAGACCUUGGGAGGCAAGACUCACAAAGAGCACAUAUUCUGAACAGCCUCGACAACUUCAAGCAAUUUGACAAGGUCUUUCCGGCCCUGGUAGCAGGCCUCCCCAUUCGCAUGUUCCAGACGGCGCACAGAGCGCGGGAAAGGCUGGCGGAGAGCUUGAAGCACGAGAAGCUCCGGCAGAGGGACCGCGUCUCAGACCUGGUCAGCCUGCGCAUGCUGCUCAAUGACACGGUGUCCACCUUUGAUGACCUGGAGAAGGCCAAGACGCACCUCGCAAUCCUCUGGGCGUCGCAAGCAAACACCAUUCCGGCGACUUUCUGGAGCUUAUUUCAAAUGAUUAGGAAUCCUGAAGCAAUGAAAGCAGCUACUGAAGAAGUGAAUAAAACAUUAGAGAAUGCUGGUCAAAAAGUCAGCUUUGGAGGCAGUCCUAUUUGUUUGACUCGGAUGCAGCUGAAUGACCUGCCGGUACUGGACAGUAUCAUCAAGGAAUCUCUGAGGCUUUCCAGUGCCUCCCUGAACAUCCGGACAGCUAAGGAGGAUUUCACUUUGCACCUGGAGGACGGAUCCUAUAACAUUCGGGAAGAUGACAUCAUAGCUCUCUAUCCACAGUUAAUGCACUUAGAUCCAGAAAUCUACCCAGAUCCUUUGACUUUUAAAUAUGACCGAUUUCUUGAUGAAAAUGGGAAGACAAAGACCACCUUCUACAGCAAUGGACUCAAGUUAAAGUAUUACUACAUGCCCUUCGGAUCAGGAGCUACGAUAUGUCCUGGAAGAUUAUUUGCUGUCUAUGAAAUCAAGCAAUUUUUGAUUCUGAUGCUUUCCUGUUUUGAACUGGAGCUUGUGGACGACCAUGUUAAAUGUCCCCCUUUGGACCAGUCCCGUGCAGGGUUGGGCAUUUUACCACCAUUAAAUGAUAUCGAGUUUAAAUAUAAAUUCAAACAUUCGUGAAAAUGUGGUUGGAAAAAGAAAACUCUAGAUGAAAUUACAGGACGGCAGAACACCAUCACUAAACAGCUCCUUCGGACAAAUGCAUUUAUAGUGGUGAAAGUGAUUCAGCAGGUCCAAUUCUGUUAGCUGAUGCUUGCUUUGAAUCUUAACAUUUUGGUGACAGUUUCCAGAUGCAAUCUUAGACUGUGCUACUAAACAGAACUACUUUCUGGGAGCACAAUAAUUUGGUUUUAUUUAUAAGUCAAUGAAUGUUCAUAUAGCCAG